UAAAUAAAAGUUGCAAACUCAUUUUUUAGUCUUGAUUAACAAGAAGACACAGCAAAACCUAUCUUCAAAUCAUUUUUAUAUAGCAGCAGAGAAAUAUUAUUGUUUGAUAUUUAAAAGGAGAACAAUGGGACAAUUUAAAGGAUUGUUGAGGUGCUCCACGAUAUGGCUAUUGCUGCUUAUGAUUCAUGUAUAUGAAAAUGUGAGAUCAGAAGAAGUAGAAACCAUCAGAAAAAUGAAUCCUGAAUCCCACAUGAAUAUUAGUGAGAUAAUUCAGUUCUGGGGAUAUCCAGCAGAGGAAUAUGAAGUCCUUACAGAAGAUGGCUACUACUUGAGCCUGAACAGGAUCCCAGGACAUACAAAGAGUUCCAAAUCUCCUGUAUUCUUGCUUCAUUGUUUGACUAUGGAAGGCAGCGUUUGGAUAGCAAACCUUCCACAUCAGAGCCUUGGCUUCAUACUAGCAGAUGCUGGAUAUGAUGUGUGGAUUGGCAAUAUCAGAGGAACGACUUGGUCUAGAAGGCAUCAAAACUUCUCAAUUGAUCAAGAAGAAUUUUGGAAUUUCAGUUUUCACGAAAUUGGCAUAUAUGACCUUUCUGCCAUAAUAAACUUUAUUCUUCACAAAAGCGGACAGGAGGAUCUCUAUUUUGUCUGCCACUCACAAGGCUGCAAUAUAGGCUUUGUUGGAUUUUCAAGAAUACCUCAACUGGCAGCUAAGGUCAAGAUGUUUUUUGCCUUGGCCCCUUUAUAUACCCUUCAGGAUACGAAAAGUGUGCUAUUGCAAAUCACACGUUUGCCAGAGUCGUUGUUGAAGAUUAUAUUUGGCAGAAAAGAAUUCUGCUUGCUGAGCCCCAAACUGAGAGCACAGCUGGCUCGAAUGUGCAGUUACCAACCAUUAAACAUGAUCUGCAAGCAAGGUCUUUUUCUGGUUGGUGGUUUCAGUGAGAGAAGUCUGAAUUCGAAUCGGGUUGAUGUGUACCUAUCACGAUUCCCAGAUUAUACCUCUGUGAAAAAUAUAGUCCAUUGGAGUCAGACAUCUUACUCAGGUCGAUUUCAAUAUUAUGAUUAUGGCUCAAAGAACAAAGUUAUAUACAACCAGACAACUCCUCCUCUGUACGACAUUGAAGCAAUCACCAUCCCAACAGCAAUGUGGAGUGGAUAUCAGGACUGGGUUUCCCGACCCUCUGAAAUUGCAAAAUUGCAACAUCGAAUUACUAAUCUCAUUCACGAGAAGAAGUUUCCCGAGUGGAACCACUGGGAUUUCAUUUGGGGUCUUGAUGCUGCUUCCUGCUUGUAUGCAGAAAUACUUGCUUUGAUGCAAGAGUGAAAUGCUCCUGGUUUGGACCGGAUCGCCUGAUCCAGUAGUGAUGGUGGCGGGUGGUUCGGAGAACCGGUAGCAAAAAUCCCUACCCCCUCCAUGCCCAGCUGAGCUGCGCCAUCAUCAAAGGCUUUUUAAAAAAUUAUUUUUAAAAGCAUUUUUUCUACAACCUCUUUGGCAGAAAAAAUGCUUUUAAAGAUAAAAAAAAAAGCCUCUGAUGAUCCCACGGCUCAGCUGGGAUCAUCAGAGGCUUUUAAAAGCAUUUUUUUAACAACCUCUUCGGCCGAAGAGGUUGUAUAAAAAUGUUUUUAAAAGAAAAAAAAGCCUCUGCCCAUCAGGCAACUCAGCAGGGAUCGUCAGAGGCUUUUAAAAAAAAAAAAGCCUCUGCCAAUCAGACAACUCAGUUGGGAUCGUCCGAGGCUUUUAAAAGCAUUUUUUUACAAAAUGGUUUAAAAAAUGGUUUUAAAAGGGAAAAAAAAUUGGCCACACCCACAUUACCCCCCCCCCUGUGUGCCCACAGAACCGGUAGUAACAAAUUUUACAUUUCACCACUGCUUUGAUGGCAAUGCUCUAGGAGGGGGAGAUGAGCAGGGUAGGUUAUGGUAAAUCAGGAGCCUGGUAUCAUUUUUUAUGACCAGAAAUUUUAUUAAAGGCAUCAGCUUUAGUGAAUUAUAACUAACUUCAUCAGGUGCACAAAGUGGCUAAAUUUUGUAGGAUUUAAAUUAGGAAAGGGAAACAGUAGGGAAGACAGGUUGAUUUAUGCAAUUCCUGUUCCUCCUGUAUUUACUUCUAGAAAAUAAUAACUCUUUUAUUUGCCUUAGGCUGCUACCGGCUUUUUAAAUUCCCCAAACAAACACAAACCACUUUCACCCCCACAUCAACACCACGCUAACACCACCACACCCAACUGCUUCUCUGCUCAGCUUUUGUAGCCACACAUUGCUGAGUUGGCUAGGAAGAGGUUUUAAAGGGACAAAGCACCAUCAGCUCAGGUGCUGCCCAUUUUAUAGGCAGCCUGUCCCCUUACACCAAAAGGGGUGGGUUUCAAAACCUGUCGUGGGCGGAGCCUCCCACCUUCCGCCACCGCCACUACCCGUUCACCCAAUCUGGAGACGAACCGGUAGCAACUCACCACUGCACACCACGUAUGAUUAGAAAACCGCAGUACAGAUAUCAAUGCAAUAGUGGCAAAUAUCUGUAGCUCAGGUGUAGGAUAAAAGUGGGUGUUCAUUCUCGAAGCUUGUGGGUUGGUUUGCAAAUUUUUUCCUUACCAGGCUAGGUAACAUCUUUAGCGGAAUUUAGGGAAUGUCAGUGUUGGUGUUCUUCUGCUUAUAAGGGUUUAGUGUGAUCAGUAGGUCUUGUGAUGGGACGGUCAUGUCAGGUGAGGGUUUAGUGAUGGGUCAGGUGUGGGCCACGUCAGGUGAAGGUUGGCAACCCUGAAGGUUGACAAAGGUCUUGUGCAGGGGUGGGUUCUACUCAGGGCUGGGUUCUAAAUUUUUUUACUACCGGUUCUGGGGGCGUGGCUUAUUUUGUGGGCGUGGCUUGAUGGUCAUGUGACAAUUAUUUAGGAUUGAGCAGAGGUAAAAGUCUACUGGGCUUUUAACUGCUUGCAGAGCUGUACCGAUCUACCCAUUUACUUUUUGCAGGCACUGCUCUACUCAUGUAUUUUUGCAGGGACUGAUCUACUCAUGUAUUUUUGCAGGCACUGAUUCUACUCAUGUAUUUUUGCAGGCACUGGUCUACCCAUUUAUUUUUGCAGGCACCGGUCUACUCAUUUGUUUUCUUUUAACACUGAUCAGCUGUAGGGCGGCCCUUUGAAGCCCCGCGGCAAGAGUUUAAACAGUUUUUUCCCCUCUAGCCAUCAGCUGGGACUCAGGAGGCAGCAAUAGAUUGGGGGUGGGGCCAAAUAAAAGGUAAGAAUAA